AUGCACGUGCGUCGGUUAACUAUGCCUCCGAUCGCACCGCUAGUGACACUGACCUGCGAUGACAACACUAAUAGGUUUCAAAGGAAAGUUAACCAGUACAAUCUUCUAAAAACUAUAGGUCAAGGCGCAAACUGCAAAGUUGUUCUUAUCCAAGAUUCCUUAAAUAGGAAGUACUAUGCAGCUAAAGUAUUUAAGCUUGCGAAAACCUACCCAAACGCGAAGACUUCUCUUCCAUUAGAAAGGGAAGUAAGAAUAAUGAAAAAAAUUCAUCACGAAAACAUCGUAAACUUCCGCGAAGUCCUCUUUGCUCCUGAGAAGAAUGCGUUUUACCUAAUUAUGGAGUGGGGUAACUGCGGUUCUUUGCAAAAUCUUAUUGAUACUAAGAUAAAAAUUGCAGAAAAAACCAUAGCUUCGAUAUUCAGGCAAUUAGUUAACGGGCUUUCAUAUCUACAUAGCCAAGGUUUCGUUCAUCAAGAUAUAAAACCAUCAAAUGUUCUUCUUUUCUCUGAUGGUACCGCAAAAAUAGGGGACUUUGGCAUCGGCCAUUCAUUCCAGAGUGCCGAAACCGUUGUAGGAACACCAGCUUACCAAGCUCCCGAAAUUUUUGAUGAUAGUUAUGAUGACUUGACUGAUCUUCCUGCAUUAGACCCAGCAAAGGAAGACGUCUGGAGCCUCGGCGUUACAUUAUUUGAAACUCUGUUUGGAAAAUUGCCUUUUACAGGAGAAAAUGUUUACGAAAUUGCUAGAACAAUUCGAAAAAUCGGUCUUGUACUACCUAAUAAUAUCUCAGGACCUCUAAGUGACCUUCUUUUUGGAAUGUUGAACCCAGAUCCAACAAAGAGGCUUUCACUCGAUGAAGUAAAAGAGAGUUCUUUCUUUAAGGACUCUUCUGACAGGUUUGUUCCGCCAAUCAACCCAGUAGAACCACCAAAGCCAGAUAAUCUUUUACCAAUCUACCAAAUAGCUGCUUCUGUAUGCGAUGAUACUUUUUCUGUUGCAUCAAAGAAGAAUUUGUCUAUCUCUAACUCAUGGGAUGGACUUAAUGAACAUUACUUAAUAUCUAAUAAAUAA